AUGUCAGUAAGGACUCGUUUGGCCUGCCAGUCUCGCCGCUUCGUCUCAAAAGGAUAUACUCCCUCUGCGCGCCAAUUCUCAACGCAUGGUCAGCGGUGCUCGCAAUCAGAUUCUGCCUCAUCCAUUGCAGCUUCAUUUCUUUCUCGGUUUAAUUCCUUGGGUCCUCAGACUCGCACUCAAGUCCUUGAUUCUAACCAGCUCCAACUCUUAUCUCUCACUCUCAACCGGCCGACUGUAUACCCCAACUCACCAGUGCUCACCAAUGCUUCGGCGUCAUUGCAACAAGGUACUCCCCUGCCUGCGGGAUACCAUUUGGUUUAUUUCACUCCAACGUUCUUGGAGAGUGAAUUAGGAGCCGAUGGCACCGAUGUCUCGUACAACCCCGAGACACCGUUUACUCGGCGUAUGUGGGCUGGCGGCGAAGUACAAUGGCCACGCGGUCCAGACGGAAUGCCUAAUCCGUUGAGGGUAGGCCAAGAGAUCCAGGAAACGACGAGGGUCCUGAGUGCGGAACUUAAAAUUGUCCGCAGAACUGGGGAGGAGAUGAUUGUUGUAGGGGUGGAGAAGGAGUUUCGAAAUGAGCAUGGUGACACAGUGAACGGGAACCGUACCUGGAGGACCACUAACGGUACCAGGAACUGGGUCUUUCGCAAAGCCCUCGCACCGUCAUCAUCAUCAGUAUCAACGAAUCUGCCAGACCCGAUCACACCCUCAGGCCCGGCAUUCUCGAAGACUUCGACAACAGGCAACGUCCACACCCGGACAAUGAAGCAAACGGCCGUCACUCUGUUCCGGUUUUCAGCGCUGACGUUCAACCCACAUAAAAUUCAUUAUUCACUUCCUUGGGCUCGCGACGUCGAGGGCCACAGGGAUAUUGUUGUCCAUGGCCCACUGAACCUCAUCAACAUUCUGGACCUGUGGCGCGACACAAGGACUUCAACGCUCGCCAGCGAAGCUCCCGAGCUCAUACUUCCUCAGAGUAUCUCCUAUCGGGCGACGAGUCCUUUGUAUGCUGAAGAGGAAUAUCGGAUUGUCCUUGAGGAUGAGGAUAGUAUUGCCAAGGUGCAAGUCAUUGGUCCCGAUGGAAUGACAAUAGCUAUGAAGGCGGAGAUCAAGGGCUAG